CUGUCCCCGGUCCCGCGCGCCGCCAUGACGCUCGCCGUGUUCUUCGGGUGCACCUUCAUCGCCUUCGGGCCGGCGCUAGGGCUCUUCCUCUUCACCAUCGCCCGCGACCCGCUCCGCAUCAUCAUCCUCAUCGCCGGGGCUUUCUUCUGGCUGGUGUCGCUGCUGCUCUCCUCCCUCAUCUGGUUCAUUGCGGUUAAAGCCAGUGACCCCCGGGACCAGCCGCUGCAGAAGGGGCUCCUGAUAUUCGGGGUGAUGUUCUCUGUGCUGCUGCAGGAGGCCUUCCGCUUCCUCUACUACAAGCUCCUCAGGAAAGCCAUCGAGGGCCUGGUGGCCCUCAGUGAGGACGGCUGCUCGCCCAUUUCCAUCCAGCAAAUGGCAUAUGUGGCUGGUGUGGGCUUUGGGCUCAUGAGCGGCGCCUUCUCCAUGAUCAAUCUUCUGGCAGACGCAUUAGGGCCUGGCACCGUGGGCAUCCACGGGGACUCACAGCUCUACUUCCUGACCUCAGCUUUUAUGACCACGGUGCUGAUUUUCCUUCACACCUUCUGGGGGAUCCUCUUCUUCCACGGCUGUGAGCAUCGACGCUGGUGGGAGAUCACAGCAGUCGUUGUCAUGCACCUUGCUGUUUCGGGAUCGACAUUUUGCAACCCCCUGUACGUGGGCAGCCUGGUGCCCUCAUACCUGCUGAUGGCCGCUGCUGCUGCCUGGGCUUACCUACUCUCGGGGGGAUCUGCCCAGAACCUGCGGCGCUUCCUGCUCUGUCUACGGAGCGGAGCCAGUCCCCA